CGCUGCUUUGUCGAAUGUUGCGUCAAUCAGUGUACUGUGUUUGGAGCAUCGGUGAGCAUUCGCCUCGACAGUGCUGAUGCGAGCAAGGCUAGCUCUCCCUGCUCCCUAGCACCGACGCAGGCAAAGAGAGGCUACGCACGUUAGCUCCACACAAUGCCAAUUGUAUCUAAUAGCGUCUUAUAGCGAAGGAGAACAGGGCGACGCGGUGUGAAAGAACUACCUAACUCAAAUCGAACGAGCGAAACACCAACCUGAUCGGGCUGGAGAGGAUAGGGCACUGCUGCUGUCGGUGCAAAAAAGACACAGUAACCUAUUUAACGCCUUCGUGAACCUCGGCGUAAACCUUAAGCAAACAUGUCAACAUCGGCAAGGGAAGGUAGCGCCCAACAUGCCAAUUACGUGGGACCCUAUCGCUUGGAAAAGACCCUAGGAAAAGGGCAGACAGGUCUGGUGAAGUUAGGAAUUCACUGCGUAACAUGUCAAAAAGUGGCCAUAAAGAUCGUCAACAGGGAGAAGCUCAGCGAAUCUGUUCUAAUGAAGGUGGAACGAGAAAUAGCAAUUUUGAAGCUGAUCGAGCACCCACAUGUUUUAAAACUUCACGAUGUUUAUGAAAAUAAGAAAUACUUGUAUCUGGUACUGGAGCAUGUCUCUGGGGGAGAGCUGUUUGACUACCUGGUCAAGAAGGGCCGUCUGACUCCCAAAGAAUCACGCAAAUUCUUCAGACAGAUCAUCUCUGCCCUGGACUUCUGCCAUAGCCACUCCAUAUGCCACCGAGAUCUGAAGCCAGAGAACCUGCUCCUGGACGAGAAGAACAACAUUCGUGUGGCUGACUUUGGCAUGGCUUCCCUGCAGGUCGGCGACAGUCUCCUGGAAACCAGCUGUGGAUCCCCUCACUAUGCAAGCCCAGAGGUCAUAAGGGGAGAGAAGUACGAUGGUCGGAAGGCUGAUGUCUGGAGUUGUGGCGUCAUUCUCUUUGCACUUUUAGUGGGUGCGCUGCCAUUUGAUGAUGAUAACCUGCGGAACCUACUGGAAAAGGUGAAACUGGGUGUGUUCCACAUGCCUCACUUCAUCCCGCCGGAUUGCCAGAACCUGCUGAAGGGCAUGAUCGAGGUGGAUGCCAACAAGAGACUCACGUUGGAUCAGAUUCAGAAACAUGCGUGGUACAUAGCCGGCAAAAGCGAGCCAGAACCCCAGCCGCCGAUCCAGCGUAAGGUGGCUAUGAGGCUGCUCCCUGCGAUGGAGGACAUCGAUCCGGACGUGCUGGACAGCAUGCACUCUCUGGGCUGCUUCAGGGACAAGAGCAAACUUGUCAAAGACCUGCUGGCCGAGGAUGAUAACCAGGAGAAGAUGAUUUACUUUUUGCUUCUGGACCGAAAGGAGCGUUUCCCCAGCCAUGAGGAUCAGAACCUCCCACCCCGCAAUGACAUCGAUCCUCCAUCAGUAAAGCGUGGAUUUCCGGACUUCGUGUUGUUGAGGCACAACAAGCGGAGACCGGAGAGGAAGAGCAUGGAGGUGUUGACCGUCACCGAGGGAGGCUCUCCUGUGCCCGUCAGACGAGCCAUAGACCUGACCAAUCACGGGCAGAGGUCGAGGUCUAUCAGUGGAGCAUCUUCAUGUCUGUCCACCAGCCCUCUCAGCAGUCCCAGGGUGACGCCGCACGGCUCGCCGCGUGCCAGCCCGCUGCCCACGCCCAAGGGCACGCCCGUGCACACGCCCAAGGAGAGCCCCGCCGGCACGCCCAGCCCCACCCCGCCGCCCAGUCCCUCGCUGGGGGGACUGCCCUGGAGGACGCGCCUCAACUCCAUCAAGAACAGCUUCCUGGGCUCGCCACGCUUCCACCGCAGGAAAAUGCAAGUUCCCACCCAGGAGGACAUGUCCAGCCUAACGCCAGACUCAUCACCCGAGCUGGCUAAGAAGUCGUGGUUUGGCAACUUCAUCAGUCUGGAGAAAGAGGAGCAGAUCUUCGUGGUGAUCAGGGACAAGCCCUUGAGCUCCAUCAAAGCAGACAUCGUUCAUGCCUUCCUCUCUAUUCCCAGCCUUAGCCACAGCGUGAUUUCUCAGACUAGUUUCCGGGCUGAGUAUAAGUCGUCCGCAGGGCCCGCCGUGUUCCAGAAGCCGGUGAAGUUCCAGGUGGACAUCACCUACUCCGAGAGUGGCUGCGCCCAGAAGGAGAAUGGCAUUUACUCGGUCACCUUUACCCUGCUCUCAGGUCCGAGCCGGCGUUUUAAGCGAGUGGUAGAGACCAUUCAAGCACAGCUGCUAACCACUCAUGACCAACCAGGAGUCCAACAAAUAUCUGGUAGUCCGUUGAGUAACUUCUUUGACGUAAUUAGGCAGCUUUUUUCAGACGAGAAGCACGGUCAGGCGCCACGCUCCCCCGGCACGCCCAGCAAGCACGGGGCUGCCAACGGCAGGAAGCCAGAGCCCGAGUCCUCUGACUCUAAGAGCCAAGCGGGCAAAGACAGGGCCCAGCCUCCCUCGCCCACGCCCUCCCCCUCCCCCUCCCCCGCUGGGACACAGGAACAACCUUAAGAGAGGGGAUUUUAUAGUAGAGGACUAGAUUUCCAAAAAGAAAAGAGAAAUAUAAAGUAAAAAAGAGAAUAAAGAUCAUAAAAGUUAAAUCUAGGAAAUAACUGGUUGGUUUGAGCUACCAACAAUUUCUUUUUGUACAAUGAUUGGAAUGAACUGGAACUGUAAGCAAAUUUCUGUUUUAAAGGCACAGGUGCAGUCUAACCUUCCCCUCAUUUGUUUUUCAUUUGUUUUUAUUUGAUCAUUGUUUUCUAUUUGUCUCCUGUACACAGUUUGGUGAUCGCUUGGCUUGUUUUCACUACCAGGAAUUAUCCAGAAAACGUAUUAAAGUUCCACCCCUGCCAUCUCAAGAGGACACUUUGACUUUUAAGGCAGGAGGUUCCUAAGGACAAACACCCAUCACAAUGUUUUUACAUGUCCCCAUCGUGACUCAGAGAGAAUAGCCAUUAUGUGAAACAAAAUGUCCCCACCAAAAUGUCCCCAUAAUGAACAGUACCAAUGUACAUACCUCUCCUUUGUCCUCAUUAUGCAUCAUCAAAUACACUCUGCUGUGCGUCCCAUUGGCCGUAGCAGAUGGUCUGCACUGCUCUCCCCAACAACCUCCACCCUCUCCCUCUCCUCACCUGCUGGAUUGUGGACGACAGAAGACUGGGAGAAAAGCCUUAAGACAAAUAUGUUCUUCAAGCACAUAGUCUCUCUCUCUCUCUGUUUCUUCUCUACCCAACACAUGUAGGCAUACACACACACACACACACACACACACACACACACACACACUUGGAUGUAUAAAGCUACAAGAAGAGAGAGAAUGUUAGCACAGACAUAGGAUCAAAUGGGGAGUGUGGUGGAGACCGCCACAGUGGCACUGGAUUGUACUCCUUCUGUAGAAUUACUUUCUGAAUGAACCAUCACUGCUCUCUAAUGGACUUGCUGUAAAUGAAAUGAGAUCCUAGUGGCAAAAACGAAAUAUUGGGUACAUGCCACUGCAAUGGGGUAGGCAAAGUAAGACACAAAGGAAAUAUUAUGUUGUACAGACUAGAUAUGUUUUUAUUGUAUUACAAAUGUCUAGCUGUGACAUCGAUCAGGCUGUGUAUCUAUUUAUUUUUUUUGGUCAUUUGUGGUCAAAGUCACUUCUAUGUCACCUUUGAUUGGUGUUAUGCAUUAUUGAUGUUUGAUUCUGUUUGUUUAUUUUUUCUUAUUCUGUAUUUAAUGUUUUUAAUAUUUUUGAAGGAAGCAUCUGCAGGAUUCAGAGAAUCAUAAUUGUGAAUAUUUUUGUAAUUUAUUUAUUUGGUUUUAAUGGUGAAUGUCUUGUCUUUCUGUUAAUAUAUAUACAAAUACACACACCUUAAUUUAUUCUACUCUUAGGUAUUUAUAGGAACAAAACGGGGUAGAUAGUUGACAAUUUGUCGUGAUAUCAGGGCAUCAUUGACCAGAAGUUUUUGGCAAAUAUUUUCUCCUAUACUUAUGGUUGAACUGGCUAACAGUAUGUGAUCAAAGACACCUGUUUUUUUUUUUUUUUCCUUUGUCCAAUUUGGAAAAAAGCUUGUAUUGUAUGUUCAAUUAUUUAUGAGUAAUUUAAGAAUGUAGACUAGCAUUUUGGGGAGAGGGGUGACCCACUGAUGUCUGUCUCUGAUGUCUCUUCUUGUUGGCGUGCAACUGGGGGCUGAGGGUGUGGGAGUGACUCUCAAGGAGACUGGCUGUAAAUAGAUUUCUUUCUUGGGGAAUUAGGGGGAUGGGGUUCCACAUGGCACUUGGUUGCAGGAGACCUGCUCCUGGGUUUGAUCUUGUAAUGCUGUUUGCAUGUCCGGCGGCCGAAUUUUCUUUGCAUGAUGUUGUAACCGUUAGAUUUCCACAGACCUUGUAAUCCCAAAGCUCUCCUGUUUUGUUUUGUCUUGUUUUUUUUUUUUGAAGGGGAAAAAAGUGUCUUUUAUUCUUUUAUUUUUUUCAGUUUGUUCGUUUGGUUUCAUUUUGCCCUCAUUUCUCCUGUAUCUAUAUUUCUGUAUUCUCUCUCUCUCUCUCCCUCUCUUCCUCUCUUCUCAUGUUUUUGUCUUUGUGUUCCUCCCUGGGCCCCCCCUCGUCCUCGUCCACCUCCUCUGUGUGCUCCCGGUGAGAUCUCAGCACUCUCCCUAGCCCUGGUGGCUGGCACAGCAUGGAGGUGGAUCCAUGAAUAAAUAAAGCAAUACAGAUUGUA